UGACGUCAGAGCUGACGGCAGCAACAAUAGCAGACUGUGUGUGUGCUUGUGUUUGAGCCUGUGUAUAAGAGAGAGCGGAUCAAUCAGCCGAUCAGGAUGUCGUUUCAGAACAAGAAGAGCAGCUCAAGACCUGCGGGCGAUCGUCUGAUCAUCAAAGGAGGAAAGAUCGUCAAUGAUGACCAGUCGUUCUACGCUGACGUCUACGUCGAGGACGGGACCAUUAAACAGAUCGGGGAGAAUCUAAUCGUCCCGUCCGGCGGGAGGACGGUGGACGCGUACGGUCAGCUCGUGAUACCCGGAGGCGUCGACGCUAACACCAACUUGCACACUCCUCAGAAAGGCCUGAACCCAGCCGACGACCUCUACCAGGGAACCAGAGCCGCCGUGUCCGGAGGAACCACCACCAUCUUGGAUCACGUGCUGGUGGAGCCGGGUACUAGUUUACUGACAGCGUUCGAUCAGUGGAGGGAGACGGCGGAGCAGAGGGCGUGCUGCGACUUCUCUCUACACCUGGACAUUGCUCGCUGGCAUGAAGGGCUGUACGAGGAGAUGGAGACACUCGUCAAAGACCAAGGUGUGAACUCCUUCCUGUUCUUCAUGGCCUACAAAGACAAAUACCAGAGCUCCGACUCUCAGCUCUACGAAGCAUUUGGGGUCCUCCGGGAUCUUGGAGCCAUUGCUCAGGUCCACGCUGAGAAUGGAGACAUCAUUGAUGAGGAACAGAAGAGGCUUCUCUGUCUCGGCAUCACUGGACCUGAAGGACAUGUUUUUUCUCACCCUGAGGAGGUGGAGACGGAGGCGGUGUUUCGGGCUGUCACCAUCGCCAAACAGACUAACUGUCCACUAUACGUUACCAAGGUGAUGAGCAAAUCUGCUGCUGACAUCAUCGCCAAAGCCAGGAAGAAAGGUAUAGUGGUGUACGGGGAGCCAAUCACAGCCAGCCUGGCCACUGACGGCUCUCACUAUUGGUCCAAAGACUGGGCCACAGCGGCUGCCUUCGUCAUGAGCCCGCCUCUAAACCCCAAUCCUUCCACUCCACAAUACCUGACCUCCCUGUUAGCAUGUGGUGACCUCCAGGUGACGUCCAGCGCUCAGGCAAGCUUCUCCACAGCUCAGAAAGCCGUCGGUAAAGAUGACUUCACACUGAUUCCAGAGGGCACCAACGGAAUUGAGGAGAGGAUGUCUGUGGUGUGGGACAGAGCUGUGUUAACAGGAAAGAUGGAUGAGAACGAGUUUGUCGCAGUAACGAGCACCAACGCUGCUAAACUCUUCAACAUUUACCCGCGCAAAGGGAGGAUCGCAGUUGGGUCGGAUGCUGAUAUCGUCAUCUGGAAUCCAAAAGAAACCAGAACUGUUUCUGCAAAGACUCACAACCUGACUCUGGAGAUAAACAUCCUAGAGGGAUUAGAGCUUCGAGGCGUGGCGUCGGUGGUGAUCAGCGGCGGGCGAGUCGUUCUGGAGGACGGAAAACUGAACGUGACUGAAGGUUCAGGACGCUUCAUCCCCAGGAAGGCUUUCCCCGACGCCGUCUACAAGAGGAUCAGAGCCCGCAGCAGGAUGGCUGAGGCUCGUGGUGUCCCCCGUGGAAACUACGAUGGUCCGAUCCAUGAUGUCAUCAGUAUGACUAAAUCGGUCCUAGCCACUCCGACCACCAGGGGCACCCCGUGUCCGAAAGCCCAGGCCAACCUCCGAAACCUCCACCAAUCAGGAUUCACGCUGGCAGGAAGUCAGAUUGACGACCACAUACCUCGUCGCUCUGCUCAGAAGAUUGUGGCGCCGCCUGGUGGACGAUCCAACAUUAUAUCCUUAUCUUAAACAAGAAGAAUCAAACAAACAAAAUACUGAUGUGUCACCUUUACUACAACUAGUACUACGUCAUACAACAGUACUUACGACUGCACAACAACCCUGCAGCUUGUACUGGAUAGAUAGCAGUACUAAGCUCUGCUGAAUCCUACAAUAAUGGUGCAUCAACUAACCUCUGCAACUAAACAACUAGUUAUUACAAUAAUUAUACUUCAACAGCCAACUAGUACUCAAUUAUAAAUCAAUGCUACACAAAUACUACUAAACCCUGCCCCCCUGCUGAACAAUGGUACAUCUCACCAGUACUAAACCCUACAAUCAUCUUAUUUAAAGUAGUACUGAAUAUUACAACUUGGCAAUGCGAUACAAAAAGUACUUUGUCCUACAACUAGCACUUAAUCAUAUUAGAGUAAUGCUUUGACUAAUACAAAGCCUAAAACAUAUACUAAAUCCUAAAUAAUGUUAUUUUAACUACAACCUCACAACUACUCUCAAUAACAGUAGUACUUCAAAUAGCACUGAACCCUAACUAACAAGUAAUACAGCAAUCUACAAAUACUACGAAGCCCUGCAACUAUUUACUGAAUCCUACAUUCACGGCACUUUAACGAGUACAGGAAGUUACUGGUGUGGUUCUGAAGUCCUUUACAUAGCGGGGGGGGGGGGUUUGAACAGAUUCAGCUUGUUCUCUGUUUAACUGUUAGUUUCAAACGCUCUGACUGGUAAACAGUUACAGUGUAUAUGUGCAGGGCUUUUAUUGUGAAAGGUAAGAAGGAAGGUGUAAUGUUAUUUUAUAAUCCUCAUAACCUCCUCAUAACUUCAGUUACUCGACUAGUGAACGUUUACACCUGAUUGUUGAUCCUUUAUUCACAGGGAGAAACGUGUGUAAUAUUCACUGCCUGUGACAGUUCAGAAGAAGAAUUACGUGCAUAUUAAAAUGCCCCCGCUGUGUAAAGGCCUUUAGAGUCGGUCAUCUGAAGUACUCUUUAAAUGUGUACUCAACGUGUCGUAAAGCUCAUCACUUCAUCAUGUUCUGUGUCUCCCAGUGCGCAAUGAUAAACGUAGUAGCAGUAGUAGUUAUAGUAUUAGUAUUAGUAGCAGCAGUAGUAGUAUUAGUAGCAGUAGCAGUAGUAUGAUCCCAGUAAAUACUUCCUGCUCCUUCAGUUCUCUUCCAUUAACCGUGCAGACGUGUUCACAUCAUCAGACUUCUGCAGACACAGCGGAUCUAAAACAAGACCAUGACUGUUUUCUCCGUUAAAGCUGAAACCUGCUGAUGGUUGAAACAUCUGUUUCCAGAUGUUUUAUUGACAACAUACUUCUUCCAUUCUUUUUCAUAAAUACAUUCUUGUCAUUGUAAAUUGAAUUCACUGUAGUCAUUACUCAUACAUUAAGGUCAAUAUUACCAUUAGGUCCGUAAUAUUUCAUGUAUAUCUAAUGCAAGGUCCUUUAUAAUGUUAUUGUUCCACUCUUGUACCACUUUUAAUCUCACUCUGUAUCACUAUGGGACCAUUAUAAUCAUAUAAAUCUGUAUUGUUCUGUAGUAGAGUAAUGUGUUUCUAUUAACUGAUUAAGUCUGGGCUGACGCAUUUUUUAAUUCACUGAUAAUGUUCAUUUUAGUUAUUGAAACCGUAAACAGUUUUUCUCUGAAUGCAAAAGCAGAAAUACUCUUUCCGACGAACAUCAUUAGACUUUUUGUGAACUUUAAAACAUUAACUGACUAUAAAUGGUGCUAAUGAAUCGAGUAGUAGCCUGCAAGUAGCAAUCCUUUCAAUACCGCCCCCUACAGGAUGUUAGAAAUAUCUAAAACAAACUGACAUUGGCACAAAACAUAAAAAAACUGCUCUGACCAUGGACGUAUUGUGAGAACUGGAUACUAGACUCCAAAAUGGCUGCCAUUCAUUUCUAUUUACAUUUAUUCACAAGGCGCAUUAGCCAAAACAUUUUUGAGAUUUGAGGUUUUCUUCUGUGUUGUGCGGCUCGCUGCACAUACUUGUUAGUGUUUUUGCAAACUGGUAAACCAAGUGAGCAAUUUGGUAGAUUUAACUUCAUGGCCUCAGCCACAACUGUAAAACAAGCAGCUUCAUGUUGGUGAUUAAUCAUUUCUGAUUAAAGUUUUGAGGAUACCUUUGCAUGUCCCACAGAUUCUUAUCUUUAAACUGACCUUUAAGUUUAAAGAGACUGGUAGCUCACCAACAAUCCCUGCUAGGUUUACCAAUGUGUACACUAAGUUUACUUUCAACUCUAUAAUACAUCCAUGGUCUGACUCAGCUGUUAAAGGGUCAACAACACCUUCCAUGACCUCUGACUGUAAAGGAACAACCCCCCCCCCCCCUUCUUGCUGUAAGACCUCUGAAGGGAUUUUUAACAGUGACUUCAUUUGAUACCAUGAUCAUUUUGUAUUUUUUACAGUUUUUGUAUCCUGGCAGUGUUAGCAUCAGUGAUUGUAGAACUCACAUACCGUGAGCCAUGUUGGUGCCAAGAUGCAAUAGUAACAACAUAUUGAUGAAAUUGCAUUUUGUGUCCUUAAAAUAAUUGUUGGAUAUUUACAUUUUUAUCACUCUCAUGUCUGUACAGUAAAUAUGAGGCUGCAGCCAGCAGCUGGUUAGCUUAGCUUAGCAUAAUGACUAGAAACAGCUGGUGUCAUCAUGGCGUCCUUAUCAAACACUCCAAAAUGGCGGCUGUGUCCUGCAGGCUGAACUGUUUCUCUGUCCUCACAGAUGCACUCGAGCCAACAUGGAUGACAGGAAGUCUUUGUGUACGCAGUGGUCAUGUGCAGAAUUGGCAGUGUUCCCAUGGCGACGGUGCAUCUGUGGUUGUUGUUGUUGUUGUUGUUGUUGUUCCUGUAGUGAAUGUAAAACUGAGCUGCAUUAAUAAACUGUGAAGAGAAACA